GGUGACACAGCCAAAACACUGUUCUUCCGAAGCAAGAACAGUGCUAGAAAUCUAGUAGUAGCAAACAACCUGGUAGAUCAGAGAUGACCACGGUUGUGGAUGACCCGAAAAAAGGAGAAGGGAUCGGAGGUUCGCUGAUGGAGGCAUUUGACACCGAUUGUGGAAAGCGUCCGGACAGCCCGGUCACCGCUCCAGCGCGGCAGCGUGGAGAAUGGGCCGCUUCGCCGGGUCCCCUGUCCCGCUCCCGUGUCCGCUGAAAGGAUAAUUCCCCCAAAUUGAUCUCCCGCGGAGUGGAAACAUUUAACAGUGGAAGGUCGGGGAGCGGGGAUACGAGUGGGAACCUUGAAAAGCGCUGCUCAUGUUUCCCUGCCGGUGAAAAGGGCCCCAACAAUGCGCUUAGAUCUGCUGGAUUUUUCCCAUGUUCUCCACCGAACAGCCCUUUUUUUUGUUGACGUGUUCAAAUAAUGAAUCUCAAUUUUGUUCUCCUUCUCUUUUUUUCUGGGAGACCCAUGUUUCAUGUGUUGAGUUGAGGUGGAGCUCACUUGAUCACAUGCAGAAACACAUGGAGCAUAGUUCAGCCAUUGCCUUCAAGGGACCAAGGUGCUGAAAUGGAACUAAACUGUUUGAUAACUCUGCUUGUAUGUAAGACCCUUUUCGUUAAAGCACAGUUCAACGGCUACAACUGCGACGCUAACCUACACAGCAGGUUCCCCGCGGAGCGCGAUAUUAGCGUGAGCUGCGGCGUGCAGUCCAUCACACUCAAGGUAAACUUCUGCCCCGUGCUGUUUUCCGGAUACGUGGACACCGACCUGGCGCUCAACGGCCGGCACGGAGACUCGCAGUGCCGCGGGGUGCUGAACAACAACUCCUUCCCCACCGCUGUCCUCUUCAGCGUCAGCCUGAGCACGAUGGAGACCUGUGGCACCUCCCUGGUGGUGUCUACAGCUCAGGGGGCCAACGCCUAUGGGAACCUCUCCCUGGUGCAGAUGGGACAGGUGUCCGGUUACAUUGACACCCCCGACCCUCCCACCAUCAUAAGCUACCUGCCAGGCCUGCUGUACAAAUUCAGCUGCAGCUACCCGCUGGAGUACCUGGUCAACAACACCCAGCUCGCCUCAUCUGCUGCUGCAAUAUCUGUGAAGGACGGCAACGGCACUUUUAUAAGCACACUGAAUCUGCUCCUCUAUGGCGAUUCCACCUAUGUCGCACAGCUGUCCAUUCCUGCGACAGGCCUCAGUUUAAAGACGCGGGUUUUCGCUGCGGUGAAAGCCAGCAACCUGGACAAGAGGUGGAAUGUGCUCAUGGAUUACUGUUACACCACUCCUUCUGGGAACCCUAGUGACGAUUUGCGCUAUGACCUGUUCUUCAGCUGCUACAAAGACCCGCAGACGACGGUCUUCGAAAACGCCAAGAGCCAGAUGGGGCGCUUCUCGUUCGAGGUGUUCCGCUUCGUCAAGCACAAGAACCAGAAGAUGUCCGCCGUGUUCCUGCACUGUGUCACCAAGCUGUGCCGCUCCGACGACUGCCCGCUGCUAAUGCCAAUCUGUGGUAGUCGGAAGAAACGCGAGUUGAAUGCGGUCUCCGGAAAUGCGGUCGUAACGGCUGGCCCCAUCAUCACCAGGAGUGAAGAAACUUCAAUCAACAAUUCGCAACUAGCACCGCUACACAGCCACAGCUCCAGCCUGGACCCGGUGAGCAGCGCCCUGGUGUCAGCCGUGCUCACCCUGGGAGCCGCGGCCCUCUGCCUCCUCCUCCUCGCCCUGGCCCUGCUCAGGCUCCAGACACCGGGCCUCGCCACCCUGACGGAGGCCAAAUGACCCGCUCUCUCCGCCGGGCCGGUCACACACCGUUCUCCUGCCUUAUAGAGUCUCCCCACAGAGCCGAGUCAGAGGUGACACACCGUUCUCCUGCCUUAUAGAGUCUCCCCACAGAGCCGAGUCAGAGGUGACACACCGCCGUUCU